AUGCAGUGCACACCAUCGUUAGGUUUUGCCAACUACAAAAGUUGUGGCAAGAAAGGUACUGCCGUCCGAAGACUGCCUGCCACCAUCUUGACAACAAAUAGUGAGCUACUACUUAAUUCAGUGUUCGCAUCUGAUGAUGAGGAACGCCUCAUGAUGGACGUAUUCCGGGGAUAUAAUUCACUUAUUCAAGUGAGUUUCUAUCGAAUUUCCGAUCAAUAUCGACAAGUACAUGGAUUUUCAUUGCAGCCCACCAGAAAUGCCAGCGACAUGCCAAUCAUCGUGAAGGUCGCAUUGCAGCUUGUCUUACUUAUAAACGUAGAUGAAAAGAAUCAAGUCAUGCAUACAAAUGUGUGGUUAACGUUGAAGUGGCACGACUUCCAAAUGCGAUGGAAUCCUGUGAAUUAUGGUGAGAUUAAAGAGAUAAGAGUUACACCGGAUAAGGUCUGGUUACCUGAUAUCGUCCUUUUCAACAAGUGGGUUAUCCGCUUACUAAGAUACCUUUAUGCUUUCCAUCAUCUAAACGGAUUCUGA